AUGGAGCACAGCCACAUCUUCCCUGUUUUUUCCCCAAAUGGGAGCACCUGGAGCCCGGGGCAGCCCCCCUCCGAGGCGGCCCAGGGAUGCCCUCUCGGACCGCUGCCUGUCAUCUACUACAGUGUGCUGCUCUGUCUGGGCCUACCUGCUAACAUCCUGACAGUGGUCAUCCUGUCCCAGCUGGUGCUGCGUCGUCAGAAGUCCUCCUACAACUAUCUCCUGGCUCUGGCGGCCGCUGACAUCCUGGUCCUGCUCCUGAUUGUAUUUGUCGAUUUCAUACUGGAGGAUUUUAUCAUGGCCACGCCGCUGCCGCCGUCAUUAAACAAGGCCGUGCAGGUCCUGGAGUUCUCCUCCAUUCACACCUCCAUCUGGAUCACCGUGCCCCUGACCGUCGACCGCUACAUCGCGGUGUGCCACCCGCUGCGCUACCACACCGUCUCCUACCCAGCCCGCACACGCAGGGUGAUAUUCGCCGUGUAUGUUGGGUGCUUGUUGUCUGCAGCUCCUUAUUACUGGUGGCCUGAGCUAUGGCACAGCCUGCCAGGAAUGGGCAGUGGUGGUGUUUCAGGAGGAGGUGAAGGAGGAGGAGAGAGCAACAGGAGAACCGUGGCCCAGCACGUCCUGGUGUGGGCCCACUGUGCCACCGUCUACCUCCUUCCCUGCACCGUCUUCUUCUCCCUCAACGCCGUCAUCGUGCGUAAGCUACGCAAACGACGCAGCUGUUUCCGCCUCCGUGGCUACUCCACCGGCAAGACCACCGCCAUCCUCCUCGCCAUCACCUCCAUCUUCGCUGUGCUGUGGGCACCGCGCACCCUCAUGAUCCUCUACCACUUCUACUCGCCCCCUCCAGCCUCACAGGGUGCCGGCCGACUGCUCCACAUGCUCACCGACCUGGCCAACAUGCUCGCCUUGCUCAACACCGGGGUCAACUUUUUCCUCUACUGCUUCAUCAGCAAGCGUUUCCGGGGCAUGGCGGCCAACGUGCUGCGAGCGCUGGUCCACUGCCGCAAGCAGCCGCCGCCGUUCUACGCCAGCCACAACUUCUCCAUCACAAGCAGUCCCUGGAUCUCACCAGCCAACUCCCACUGCAUCAAGAUGUUUGUGUACCAGUAUGACAAAAAUGGGAAGCCCAUCUGCAUUUCCUCGUGA